GUUUGUACAUUGUAAUCGAGGUACAACGCGUGAGCGUGGUGGGGGUGUACGUAUUGGGGGCUAUAAUAGUAGUCGUAACACAACAUUAGGUGGAUUAGGUAACAGUGGCCGCGGUGGAGGACUUAAAAUUGGUGGUGGUACCGGUUUAGGAUCUGGUCGAAUGUUAAUGACAACAACAUCCACAACAAUUUCUUCAUUAGUCACAUCAUCAUCAGCCAGCGGUCGAUAUCCAUAUCCAGAAGGUGAAAAUUGGGCUCGUGGUUAUAGUGGUGGAAGUUCAAGUGAUCGCAACAGUGGUGGUUAUUCGGGUAGUGGGGAUAAUGGGGCUCGUCGUCAUAGUCAUUUUGACAGUGGUGAUUUACAUAUUGGUCUUGUUGUUCCGUAUAAAUCUUUUGGUACACGUGAAUAUACAAAAGCUGUUACAUCAGCAAUAGCUGGUUUAACACGUAAAUUAACAUUGUUCCGCAGCCACGAGUUAAAAGUUCAUCUUGUUAUGAAAGAAUUAACACCAAGUCCAACAAUUAUUCUAAAUUCAUUGUGCAAAGAAUUUCUAUCGGUGAAUGUUUCAUCUAUAUUAUAUUUAAUGAAUUAUGAACAAUACGGUCGAAGUACAGCAUCAGCUCAAUAUUUUCUACAAUUGGCUGGAUAUUUGGGUAUUCCAGUUAUUGCAUGGAAUGCUGAUAAUUCAGGUUUAGAAAGACGAGCAUCACAAAGUUCAUUACAAUUACAAUUAGCCCCGUCCUUAGAGCAUCAAACUGCCGCCAUGUUAAGUAUAUUAGAACGAUACAAAUGGCAUCAAUUUAGUGUUGUUACAAGUCAAAUAGCUGGUCAUGAUGAUUUUAUACAAGCUGUUCGUGAACGUGUCUCUGAUAUGCAGGACACAUUCAAAUUAACAAUAUUAAAUGCUGUAUUAGUUACAAAACCAAAUGAUCUUGUUGAAUUAGUUGAUAGUGAAGCACGUGUGAUGUUAUUAUAUUGUACCAGAGAGGAAGCAAUGCAUAUAUUACAUGCGGCGAACGAUCUCAAAUUAACUGGUGAAAAUUAUGUAUGGGUCGUUGCACAAUCAGUUAUUGAAAAUUUACAAACACCAAAUCAAUUUCCAGUUGGUAUGUUGGGUGUACAUUUUGAUACCAGUUCAUCGAGUUUGGUCAACGAAAUUACAACAGCAAUAAAAGUUUACGCUCAUGGUGUGGAAGACUAUUUAUUAGAUCCCAAAAAUGCUGAACGUUCAUUAAAUACGCAACUAUCCUGUGAAGGUGGCGGUGCUGGAGCUUCACGAUGGGAUACUGGAGAUAGAUUUUUCCGACAUUUACGAAAUGUAAGCGUUGAAGGUGAACAAGGUAAACCAAAUAUUGAAUUCACUCAAGAUGGUGUGUUGAAAGCCGCUGAACUGAAAAUAAUGAAUUUACGGCCUGGAGUAUCAAAACAACUUGUUUGGGAAGAGAUUGGGGUUUGGAAAUCAUGGGUAAAAGAAGGUUUAGACAUAAAAGAUAUUGUGUGGCCAGGCAAUAGUCACACACCACCACAAGGUGUUCCCGAAAAGUUUCAUCUACGUAUCACAUUCUUAGAAGAGCCACCCUACAUUAGUUUGGCACCACCAGAUCCAGUUACUGGUAAAUGUAGUGUGGAACGUGGUGUUUUGUGUCGUGUAGCUUCUGAUCAAGAUAUUACUGAAGUGGAUAUUAGCCAAGCACAUCGAAAUGCUAGUUUUUAUCAAUGUUGUUCCGGUUUUUGUAUUGAUUUAUUGGAAAAAUUUUCCGAAGAAUUAGGAUUCACUUACGAACUAGUUCGUGUUGAAGAUGGACGAUGGGGUACAUUACAAGACGGAAAAUGGAAUGGUUUAAUUGCAGAUUUAGUAAAUCGAAAAACUGAUAUGGUAUUAACCAGUUUAAUGAUUAAUUCUGAACGAGAAGCAGUGGUUGAUUUUAGUAUACCGUUCAUGGAGACUGGUAUAGCAAUUGUAGUAGCAAAACGAACGGGUAUUAUUUCACCUACUGCAUUCUUGGAACCUUUUGAUACUGCAUCCUGGAUGUUAGUUGGAGUUGUAGCAAUACAUGCUGCCACAUUUACAAUAUUCCUAUUUGAAUGGCUGUCGCCGAGUGGAUUUGAUAUGAAGUUAUCAUUACAACAUAUGAACCCUUCGCCACAUCAUAGAUUUUCAUUGUUCAGAACCUAUUGGUUAGUUUGGGCUGUACUUUUUCAAGCCGCCGUUCAUGUUGAUUCUCCUAGAGGUUUAACUGCUCGUUUCAUGACAAACGUAUGGGCCAUGUUCGCUGUAGUAUUUCUUGCCAUAUAUACUGCCAACUUAGCAGCGUUCAUGAUAACCCGUGAAGAAUUUCAUGAAUUUUCAGGAAUUGAUGACCAUCGGUUAUCGAAACCAUUUACGUAUAAACCUUCAUUUAAAUUUGGAACAAUUCCAUGGUCACACACAGAUUCCACUUUAAAACGAUACUAUCCACAAAUGCACGAUUAUAUGAGCAAAUUCAAUAAAACAAAUGUAUUAGAAGGUGUAGAUGCUGUAUUAACUGGUGACAUGGACGCAUUCAUUUAUGAUGGAACGGUAUUAGAUUAUUUAGUUGCACAAGAUGAAGAUUGCCGAUUAUUAACUGUUGGUCAAUGGUAUGCAAUGACAGGUUAUGGUUUAGCAUUUUCCAGAAAUUCAAAAUAUGUACAAAUGUUUAAUAAACGAUUAUUAGAUUACCGAGAAAAUGGUGAUUUAGAACGAUUACGACGUUAUUGGAUGACAGGAUCAUGUAAGCCUGGGAAACAAGAGCAUAAAAGUUCAGAUCCAUUAGCACUUGAACAAUUUUUAAGUGCAUUUCUAUUAUUAAUGGCUGGUAUUUUAUUUGCUGCGUUACUUUUACUAUUAGAACAUCUCUAUUUUAAAUAUGUUAGAAAACACUUAGCUAAAACCGAUCGUGGUGGAUGCUGUGCAUUAAUUAGUCUCAGUAUGGGUAAAAGUUUAACUUUUCGUGGUGCUGUUUAUGAAGCUCAAGAUAUUUUACGUCAUCAUCGAUGUCGAGAUCCAAUUUGUGAUACACAUUUAUGGAAAGUAAAACAUGAAUUAGAUAUGGCACGACUACGAAUAAAAGAAUUAGAAAAAGAUAUGGAAUCACAUGGUCUCAAACCACCACCUAGCAAGAUAUGUCAUGGUGUAAAAGUACGUGGUGCAACAAAAUGGCGCUGUAUAUGUUUACGUGCAGCAGAUGAAAAUCUACAAAUGCCAGAACUUGAAAAAACAGUUUUGAGAAGUAGAAACUUUUUAUCUAGCAGUGCCAACGAAAUUCUCACAUCACCAAAAACAGAGAUUGCAGAAAUGGAGACAGUUCUAUGAUCUGAUGAAAAAAAGUUUCCAAUAUUAUUAAUCGAUUCUUAUGAUUAGAAAAAAAUGAAC